AUGGAACGCACCCGUCCUCACGGCCGCGUCAUCGGUAUCGAUCUCAUCCCCGCGCAGCCCCCCCACGGCGUCGCCACAUUUCAGGGCGACUUCCUCUCGCCCAUGGUGCAGACGCUCGUCAAGGACUUCAUCCGCCGCACCCACAGCGCCCCGCCUGCUCAACUCCCGCCAGAUACCGAGACCAAACCUGCCACUGGUGACGGACAAGAGGAGGAGGGCCUUCCGGCGACGGCCAUCGACCAGCCGAGUUACAUCGAUCAAGAGCGGCACAUGGUCGAUGCGCCAGUCGAGGCUCCCGGUGCAAAAUCAGGGGAGAGCAUGGGUCUUGUCGAUGUUGUUCUAAGUGAUAUGUCAGCACCCUGGCACCAAACCACCGGCUACGGCACGAACACGCUGAGUAAUCCCUAUCACAGGCUCAUGAACACGAGCGGCAACGUCUUCCGCGACCACGCUGGCAGCAUGGACUUGUGCGCCGCCGCGCUGCGGUUCGCCAGUGACACCCUCCGCCCCGGCGGUCACUUCGUCUGCAAGUUUUACCAAGGCGCCGAGGACAAGAAGCUGGAGCGGCAGCUCAAAGUCUUGUUUUCAAAGGUGCAUAGAGAGAAGCCAGAGUCGUCGAGGAGCGAAAGCAAGGAAGCAUACUUUGUUGCUCUGCGGAGAAAACGCGGCGUCACCUUAGAUCCGGAAGCAUGA